AUGGGUCUGACAUAUCCAACGCUUCAAGAGAAGAUCGCGCUACAGGAACAGAUCAUCGAGUUCCACGAGAGAUUCAUGCGCAAGAAUGCGCGCAGGCUAUUGGCACACGACAUAAUCAAAUCGGCGCCAAUGCCAUGGAAGGAGAGUAUCGGGGACAAUGCACUGGUAGACGAGCUACCAAAUUGGUUGACGCUUGAUGAGUCUGCUCGCCUCGACCUCGCGCCUCGUUGCCUCUGGCAAGAGAUGAGGGAGGUAUUGGACUACCAUCUAUCGACACAGAGCAACAUGUCCGACGAACAGCUGCGGCUGAGAGUAGGCGCCCAGGCGGUCAUACUUGAUGCCAUGAUCCCGGCUUUGGAGAGCAAGAUCGAGAUGGAGAGGGGGAAGUUGGCGGAGCUAACGGGCGGGGUUGCAACGCGAUGA